AGGUACAGUGUGGCAAUGCUGCUCUUGUCGGUCAGUUUUGCUUUUGAAUUUGAUUGUACGAAGGGUUCAUGUUGGCUAAGUCACUAUAACCCAAGGAAGGACGGGACUUUCAUGUUCAAAUAUGUUCCGCAGAAUAUGUAUAUUACCAUUCGUGAACUUGAAUCUUCUGCAAUCGACUAUGAGCUAUUGGAUAGAUUUCCGGGGACAGAGUUGAUGAUCGCACAAUCUCCUGAUGUCAAACGGUUACAAAUUUCUCGUAAUAGUAGGUUGACCAAUCUUGAGAUUAUGGAGACAGGCAUUGUCUCAAUUGAAUGCGAUCUGAAUGAAAAUCUUCGAGAUCUGAAGAUUUUAUCGAGUUCCCUAGAAACGAUCUCACGUUCCAUAAGCAAUUUGAAAAAUUUAGAGAAUCUAACGAUACAAUCAUGCCCGCUUCGUGAGUUAGAUUUGGGAGUGUUUUGUGGCUUAAAGUUCCUGAAGUGUUUAUACUUUGCCAACUCUAAUAUUAAUUCUAUCGUUAGUAGAGUAAAGAAUGCAUCUUGUAGGUUAGCUAUAACUAGUAUAAUUCUGCGAGCAAAUGUAAUACGUGUGUUGAAUCUAGAGUUAUUCAAUCGAUGCGAUAAACUUAAAAAAAUGGAAUUUAAAAAGAAUAAAAUCGAAUUGGUUGCUGGAAGAUUUGCGAACGGGGGCAUUAGGAAUAUCGACUUGACGUGGAAUUUGAUAAGCCAAUUGAAUUUGUGUCAAUGGGAAACACCAUCUUUGGUGGAAUUAACGCUGAAUAUGAACUUCCUGUCAGCUUUACCGGCGUGUAUCGAUAAAAUCAAGAGCUUAGAAACCAUCGACGUGUCGUUCAAUAAUGUUACUCACUUCAAUAGCAGCUGGCUGGAGCCCAUGGAAAAUUUGAUAAAGUUUGAUUUAAGUUAUAAUAAAAUUGCCAGCGCAAUUUUCCACAGCUUUCCCAAAAAACUGAAGAACUUGAAGUUAACUGAAAGUGGAUUGAAGUUGGUAGAUUUGCCAAAUACUCUAGUUUCCAAGUCAGAGGCGAGCUUCCGGCAGUCAACCGAAGUGGUCGAGUGGCGAGUUUUCAUAGCGCAAGCGGUCGUGUGUUUGGCCACGGGCGUUCCGACUGUUCGUUGGCUUCCUCAACCAUCACUCUGGCAUCACGUUUUAAAUAUGGACUAA